GGAGAGCGGAAGGGCCGAAAUAAGUCUUCGUUGGCUUCAACUGCUCUAACCUAAGAAGAGGACCCUUGACCUCUAACCCAAGAUGGCAGCGUCCGCAGCUGUCUCCAUUGCUGUUGACCUGAAGUGAUCUGAGACCGUGAACCACGCAUCAUGUCGAAGAUAAGCCGGACCACUCGGGCCGUCAGGAAGCUCGAGGCAGGCGGCGUGAUCCGAGCCAUCGUGCGUGCGGGCCAGGCCAUGCCCGGGCCCCCACUAGGCCCCAUCCUGGGUCAGCGAGGCGUUUCCAUCAACCAGUUCUGCAAGGAGUUCAACGAGAAGACAAAAGACAUCAAAGAAGGCAUCCCUUUGCCUACCAAGAUCUUUGUGAAGCCUGAUAGGACAUUUGACAUCAAGAUCGGACAACCCACUGUUUCCUACUUCCUGAAGGCAGCGGCUGGGAUUGAGAAAGGGGCCCGGGAGACAGGAAAGGAGGUGGCGGGCCUGGUGACCUUGAAGCACGUGUAUGAGAUUGCUCGUGUUAAAGCGCAGGAUGAAGCCUUCGCCCUGCAGGAUGUGCCCCUGUCCUCUGUUGUCCGCUCCAUCAUUGGCUCUGCCCGUUCCCUGGGCAUCCGUGUGGUGAAGGACCUCAGUUCAGAAGAGCUGGAAGCUUUCCAGAAGGAGCGGGCUGUGUUCUUGGCUGCUCAGAAAGAGGCAGAUUUGGCAGCUCAGGCAGAAGCUGCCAAGAAGUGACCCCUGCCGUGCACACUCCAGGAUUUUGAGGGGAGCAGCUAGGAAGCGGGCCACUGGGAAGGCUGCUUAUUAUUGUCAUGAUUUAGAUUAUAUAUUUUUAUAUGUAUGGGUGUUACAGAGGGAUCAAGCCUAAAUAAACAUCUUUUGCCACCCA